AUGUCGUCACCUGUAGACCAAUACUUGAGAAUAUGCUGGCAGAAGGCAUAUGGAGACUCCAAAAGUCGAGAGUCUAUUUAUGUCACCGAGGUCUUCGCUCUAAUACGAGAGCUUGAGGAUUUCGUUGGAAGUCGAGGACUCUUCACCAAAGCUGAGAUCCAUAUUCUUCAGAAAAUGGCAGAUAAGCGUCCGCUGCUUCGAAUGAAAAAAGAAGAGACCGAGAAGUUCCUUCUCCAACUUGUGGGGUUUGACUCAAUUGAAGACUUGUUGAGAACAAGGGCAAGAACUGGUGUUGGUGCACUUCGAAGGUUGGUGAUGAAUUAUCCGAGAGAGGGAGCUUAUAGACCAAGUCGGCCAAGCACGGCGAUUCCAGCACGAGAAAUGAGGGAUUCGCAGUCUACAAUUGAUCCAUUAAGAGAUCCAUUAAGAGAUCCAUUAAGAGAUCCAUUAAGAGAUUCAUUAAGAGAUCCAUUAAGAGAUCCAUUAAGAGAUCCAUUAAGAGAUUCAUUAAGAGAUUCAUUAAGAGAUCCAUUAAGAGAUCCAUUAAGAGAUCCAUUGAAAGAGAACGAUCGAUGGACAAAUGUAAGUGAUACUUUCAAAGGGAAAGAUACACAUGGAGAUAAAGACACAAUUAGAGGGAGGGAUUGGUCUAGACCAUCUAUGUCAGCAGAAUAUUCCACUACUGUUCCUGGGAACCGGGGCUCGAUUUCAGGGGUACUCGACGAUGACCAUUCGUGGUUCGGAAAUUGGUGGAGAUCCGGCUUCAAAAGGAACAGGGCUAACCAAAGCCGCGACGAUAAACCACAUGAGAAGGACAUCCAUAAUGGUACCUUCAUCAAAAAAGAGGAUCAUAUUAGACCAAAGGAGGAAAAGGAUGAACUAAUGCAUCUCCCUGGAGCUUACGAUUCCAAACAGCAAGAAAGAAUACGAGAGUUAGAGUUACUUUGCAAUAAGUACGAGAGGGAACAAGCGUUACAUAAAACGAGGGAGCUAGCAUUACGUAGGACCAACGAGGAUAUAGAGAAGUUGGCCCAGAAGCUCAAGGAGACAAUUUAUGAACAAGAUAAAGUCAUUCAGGACUUGAGAAACCAAGUGGACUUUGGGGAAGACCCUAAUUUCUUAUGGAGACUUCCCUUCGUCAAACAAUAUCUUCGAUUCCAAGCAUCUGAAAAGCGAACAACGGGGGUUUUGAUUGUGGAAUGUCUCAGUUUGAUGCUCACAUUCAUCUUAUUAGUAAACUUUCUCAAGCUUAUCUACUACACGCUGCUUACACAACUUACGAAGGAAAAUAGCUUCUACUCGGAUGACGAAACCAUGAGCUUCUCAUGGAUACAACAGAUUCCUUGGAUCGAGUACAAGGUCUACCAAAUCCAAGACUGGAUAGAUGGUGGAUAA